UCCUUUGUACUGUCGACCAGCAGCCCGACCUUGGUGCCUUCAGUCGGGAAAGCAUUUGUAGUUGGCCCCGGUUAUGCGCCAAUCCUGGGAAAACUGCUGGCCAAAAUCACCAGUGGCGCCUUCGUUGAGCUUGCCAAGCCUCAUACCUAUUUGGAUGGUAAACUACUCAUUGCCCCUGCCAAAAAAAGGGUGGUAGAGAUCACCGACAUUCUAACAUGGAUUCAGGCCUUUACCAUUUACCAGUGGAUCUUCUGCCGUACUUACCCUUCUCGCUUGCAGGAUACUACUCAGUAUAAGUUACCGAUCCUCCAGAUGGCUUGUCAGUUUCCUAGACCAGCUUGGUUGAAUUAUGACCUGGCAUUCAGGAAGGACGCUGCAGCCUAUUUUCUAACCGACUGGUCUCAGAUGAACCUGAAUUUAUACAACUUCCACACACGUGCAUCCAGCACCAUUACUGGUCAAUCAGCUCCUCGCCUGACUUUGCUGGCCCAUACCUCAGCCUCAUCGAACAUCAAAUCCAAGCGUUCCUUCGACCCCAUUCAGUAUUGUCGAUCCUGGAAUGAUGGCGCCUGUCACUGGUCUCUGGGUAAAUGUCGGUAUCGUCAUGUCCGCAAAAGAUGCGAUGGUGAACACCCCCUUGCCAACUGUCCCUUUUGAGCCUACAAGGGGUCUCAGCGCUCCUGGUCCCUCACUCCGUCCGGGGGAAAACGCGGUUGGUGUUAACAAGGUUGCCUUGCAGGUGGCAGGCCCCUCUUAUGUAAAUACCGUUAGUAGUUCUUUGCCUGUUCCUUGCUCCAUGUUUGCGUUUACUGGUGUUGAUUCCCAGCAGAAGACUGGACUGAAUUUGUUCUUCAAUGAUUCCUGCUUGUCUGCAUUGGUUCUUUUGUUGCAUCAGCCGCUGCUUCCUCCCUACAAAGUUUCUCCUAUAAGAGUGGAAUAAUUACGUAGAUCAAUCUUUUGUAACCUAUGUCUUGGAUGGUCUUCAGAAUGGGUUUCAUGUUGGUUUCAACACUGCUUCUGUCUCCUUCAAAUCGGCCGCACAGAAUAUGUCUUUUGCUAGUCUUUAGCCCUCGGUUAUUGAUGACUACCUUCACAGGGAGUUAGCUAAGGGUCACAUUGCUGGUCCCUUCUCUUCCCCUCUGUUACCUCGCCUUCACAUCAGCCGUUUUGGAGUCAUCCCCAAAAGACACCAGCCAGGCAAAUGGCGCUUGAUUCUGAAUCUUUCUAGUGCUGAUGGUCACAGCGUAAAUGAUGGUAUUAGAAAAGACCCUGUCACGGUUCAAUAUAUGAAAGUGAAUGACACUAUUGACAGGAUUAUGUCACUCGGUCGGGGCACUUUGCUUGCGAAGUUUGAUGUGGAAAGUGCCUACCCGUUAUUCCCGUACACCCUAAUGAUCUUUAUCUUCUUGGCAUGCAGUGGUAAGGAAAUUACUUUGUGGACAUCACCUUACCUUUUGGUUUGCCUUCAGCGCCUUAUGUUUUUUCUUCAGUUGCGGACCUGGUGGAAUGGGUUCUCAAAAAACAUAUGACGUGAGGUUUCUCCUUCAUAAUCUGGACGAUUUCCACACCCUGGAUCCUUUUAAUUCUCAGACGUGCCAACGGAACAUAGACACCAGUAUCCAGCAAUUCCAGGAUUGGGGGAUUCCCCUUCACCCCGGCAAGUUGGAGAGCCCUUCCACUAUCCUGACUGUUUUUAGGCAUAGAACUUGAUUCUCUCCCAUUGCAGGCGCGCCUCCCGCAAGAAAAAUUUGAUCGUAUCCACACAAUCCUGGUCUUCUGGUCACAAAAACGCCAUUGCACACAGAAGGAGCUGGAGUCUUCAAUUGGCAAUCUUCAACAUGCAUGCAAAGUCGUCCCUUCUGGUUGCACCUUCCUCCACCGUAUGAUCAAUCUGCUCUCAGCUUUUUGCAGAGAGAACCAUCCUAUAAGGCUUAAUAGAUAAUUUUCAUUUGGAUUUGUCGUGGUGGCUCGAAUUCUUCCAGUCUCCUCGCUGCGCUCCCAUCCCAGAUCUUCAUGUCUCCGCUGACGCUGCUAGCUCUGUUGGAUACGGGGCUCCCUGGUUCGCAGGAAGAUAGUCUCCAUUACAGAUGCCCUUAUCCAUUGCCUACAAAGAACUCUUUCUGAUUGUUUCGGCAGCUUCCCUGUAGGGUCACCAGUGGUCUGCAAAGCGGGUGAAAUUCUGUUCUGACAAUACAGCAGUGGUUGAGGUGUUGUGGUCCAGUACAUCACGAGAUUCGAACUUGAAGGUGCUGCUACGUCACCUCUCCCUGUUGGCGGUCCGGCACUCCUUUGCAUUUACUGCUCGUCACGUUUCUGGAAAAUCAAAUGCCAUAGUUGAUACCAUUCCUCGUUUUGAAUUUCAGCGGUUCCAUCAGCUAGCUCCUUACGCAUCUCCCACAGCAACACCAGUACCUCCUUUGGUCUUGGCCCAGCUGCCUGUAGUUUAGACCAAAAGUGCUAAUUUUAUCUCUCCAAUGGUCUGGCUCCUUCAACCCAACAGGUGUAUCGUUCAGCGCAGCGUCAGUUCAUCAAUUUCUGUACUUUAGAUGGCUAUGUCAGUUCAAAUGGUUCUUUAAUGAACAAACCUUGCUGCGUUUUUGUUCCCACCUAGCAGAUCAUUUUCAUCACUGCUCAAUUAAGGUUUAUCUCUCGGCAAUACGGUCCUUGCACAUCGAUCAGGGUUUCCCCUAUCCCUUG